AACUCUAACCGGUGGUGCCAUCGUUCAUCGAUUGUCGAAUUUGUCAGUGUCUGUCAUAAUCGGUUAGAUCAGAGAAGUGAUAGAUAAAAAACAAAAAAUAGUAUGAAAGGAAAGUAAAGAUUUCAAAGGGACAUAGAGAGACAGAGAGACAGAGAGAGAGAGAGAGAGAGAGAGAGAUAGUGAGUGAACGAGUGAGAGAGGGAGAGGGAGAAAGAAAGAAAGAAAAACAGAGAAAAAUGUCGAUUUCUUAUACGACGAUUUGCAACGCAAAAAAACGACGACAAAGGGCCAAAAGUGCCGAUGAAAGCGCUGAAUCUUAUCGAAACGCAUUACAAGCGUUCAUGGAUCGUCGAAGAUUUUCAACAACUAUGUUAGAUGCACAAUCGCAAAACAGUUUGGAUAUAAAGGGUGUUAGUUUGUUAACGGACAAUGGUAACGACGACGAAAACGAUGAUGAUAACGAUAAGGAUAACGAACAAAAGACGAUACAAAAUGAAGACAAUUCAACAUUAUUAUUGGAUGUACCAAAUGUAACGGCCUCGGAGAUCUUUGAGAUUGGAUCGGUCGCUGGAACGGAGGAUCGAUAUUUGGAGUUGAUAUAUGCCGAAUGGGAAAACACACGGAUCUCGUUGAAAAGGCAAACGCAUCCGGAAUGUCGAAACGCGGUCAAAACCGACAUGGAAAUUCUCACGAAGAUUCGACAUCCAAACAUAGUGAUGUUAAUGGCGAUGACGCGUACGGAAGAUUACGGGCUUGUAUCGAUUCUCGAACCUGUAGACUGUACCCUUUACAAUUACAUGCACGAGCAAGGCGAACGAAUUUCCGUUCGAGAGAUGGCAAGGUUCGCCGGUAAACUGGCUGAUGCACUUAGGCAUGCACACAUGCGUGGUUACGUUCACAGUGCUAUUAGUUCGCAUUGCGUUUAUCUCGCCUUUGGUGAAACUGUUAAACUAGCAGGAUGGGAAUUGGCAAUCAACUUGACUAAACCAAAGCCCAAGCAAGAGUACGAGGAUAUUCUACGCGGUGAGAUAUUUAGAUGGCAAGCACCAGAAUUAUUUUCUGGUAUAUCUUGCAAAGAGAGCGACGUUUAUGGGCUUGCCUUACUUAUAUGGGAAAUGUGCACGAUGCGUGUACCAUGGACCAACUGCGAUAUUUCAGAUGUCAAGAAACAGUAUUUACAAUUGAAACAUGGUAUCCCUAUAGAUUUAUGCAGUUCCAUACCAUUAAUUAAUAGUUUAUUAGAAAUUGCCUUACAAAUUGAUAUUGCUAAACGAAAUAUCGAUAUUAAUAAAAUACGUAGAUUGUUGCAAAGUCUUGAGAUACAAUACGAACAUAAGGAUCCUGUAUACAUGGAUGAAUAUAAAAAAGACAAAAAAGAAAUUAAUAAGACAAUUGUAACAUCAACCGUCGAAGCUUCAAUUACAACAAAUUAUCAUAAAAUCUCUUCACCAAAGACUGUAACUGAAGAAUGUUUAGAUCUUUCAAAAAAUACAAAAUGUUUGUAUCCUACCGAAACUAAGGAAUAUUUUGAUUCUAUCAAAAUUAAAGAAUGUUUGGAUCCUACAAGAACUAAAGUUCGAACAUGUGAUUCUGAAGUCUUCACAGAUGUACCAAAUCCCAAUGUAAAUACCAUAAUUCAAAACGAUCUAUCUAAUAUGUAUAAUAACCAUAAAGAGAGUAAUUUGUUGGAUCGAGAAAAUAGAGAAACAAAAAAGAAAAAUAACAAUGUGGAUCCUGGCACGCCCAAAUUACAAUCGUUCAAUACAUUUAGAAAGUCGCAGCAAUUAAAAAAAUCUAUGACAUCGAAUAAUAUAUAUAGGAAAGUGAGAAUACCUAAAAAUCUGUCGGAAUCUGAUAAUAGCUCUAUAUCACCGUCACCUCCUGGAGUUACUAAUCUUGUCGAAGAUAUUCCAGUUGAUGUAAAUGCACGUAUCAAUUUGCAACGUUUGAAAGAACUUCUUGCUAAUAGAAGAGAACGUUUUUUUAAUGGUAUCGGCUCACCUCAGUUAUUUGAACAAAGUGAAAGUUUAAGAAGUUCAGUCACGGAGACGGAGCUAUUGUCCAAAGUGAAAAGUAAAGAUUACGAGCCACAUAAACCCGCUAGUCAUAAAACAUGUUUAGAACCAAAGUUUAACAAAUCUCCUGGCUCGUAUGAUUCAUCCUACGUAUCUCCUAAUCAAACAACUCGCAAACAACCUUACUCGCAGAUGCCUAGCAAUAUUAAAAAUGCAAUAAUGCAACCACGAGUAUUAAUCCCAGAUCCUCGAAGCUUUUUUGAAUCGUCCUUAUGGAAAAAAGAAAAAGAAAUCUGUAUAUCGAAAAUGAGGAAAGAGGACCAAAAUGACAUGCAAACAUUUCAAGAAAAUCCUGAAAAUAUGUAUUCAAAAUUAGGUAUCAUGAAACGUUCAGAAACAUAUAAUAUAAACAACAAAUCAGAAAAAAAUAAGCAAAAUAAUAGGGUACUUAUAGAAAAUGUACCUGAGCCGGAGCAAAUAGUGAAUAAUAAAAAUAACUCUUUACAAGUUCUGAAAGAUGCGUUAGAUCGUGCAACUGAAAUAAUCUGUUCAACGUCUACUCACAAUGACGCGAUCAAUUCAUGCUUACCUUCUCAAUCUUACAGUAAUAUUAAUACUACAACACAGAAAACGUACAUUAACAAACCUGUUAUCGAUAAAGCUUAUGAUUUAACUUAUACCGAUGAUAUCGAAGAAAUAAAAAAUAAAGAGAAAAUGGACUAUAUGUAUAGAUCAUCUUUGCUAAGUCACAAUAUACCUGUUGAUACCGAAACAUUGGAAAAUAAUGUCUAUGACACUAAGAUCAAUUCGAAUGAUUUUACAAGAGAACACGAAGAGUAUGAAAAAAUUAUCUACCGAUUAAAAAAUCCAAUCCAUAAUUCUAAGACGAUACAAUCUAACAAUAAAGAACUAUCGAAUGAAAUUUAUUCCAAGGAAUUGUUUUCACCAAUAUCGAUUAAUGAAAAGCAUGAUUAUGAGAUGCCCUUUCUAUCAACAUUAGAUAAUUGCAAAAAGUGUAAUAAUAAAAUUUCAUUACAAAGACGACGUUCUUUACCAGCUACAUUUCCUCGUCCAAAAAUAGGAAGUAAUUCGCAAUUAGGCAAACUACCGAUACGUAAGGCUGAUCAUUCAAUAAAUAACUCUAUAGAGGAUUUCUAUAUCGACGAUGAUAAUUUAGAGUUGAUGAAUUUAAAUAUUAAUAUGUUGUUAUUGGACGAUGAAAUGUUCUAUGAUAAUUAUUUGUUUGAUAAACAAACAACUUAAAGUCUUUUUUUAAGACUAACAUUGGGCUAUUUUUUGUAUUCUAUUAAUUGAAUUUUAUUCACAAGUUUUGUUUUUAUAGAUUUGACUAAUACUAAUAUUAAUUAGUAAACUCCAACAACGGUUGGUAAACAAAGUAUUAAAAAAGAAAAAAAAGAAACAAUAAUAAAUGCUUAAGCUUUGUUUUUAAUUUUAAAUAAACACUACCAAAAAAGAGGUUCUUUCUUUCAUACAAUAUAUUAUUUAGUUACACUUUAUAUAUAUAUAUGUUUCUUAUAUGUAUUAAUCGAUAGUCUUCUAUCCUUAUG